AUGUCAAGGAAUAUUUCCGGGUUGAACGGCAUUGAGGGCAAGACUCCCUUCCUGAUCGGCGUCUCCGGAGGAACAGCCAGCGGGAAGACCACCGUCUGCAAUCGUAUCAUGGAGAAGCUGGGGCAAGUAGAUAUGGACCAGACUGAGCGCAAAGUCGUCUGCAUAUCCCAGGACUCCUUCUACCGGAACCUUACUCCAGCGGAAAUAAUUCUAGCGGAAAAAGGUCAGUUCAACUUCGACCACCCGGAAGCUUUUGACAACGACCUAAUUUUCUCCACUCUCUCGGAUAUUCUCGCUGGAAUCAAGUGCCAAGUUCCGACUUAUGAUUAUUGCACCCACAGCCGAGUUCAAGGCCAGUCGAUAACUAUUUACCCAGCAGAUGUCGUAUUAUUUGAAGGUAUCCUGGUAUUUUACGUGGCCAAGAUUCGGGACUUAUUUCACAUGAAAUUAUUUGUCGACACUGAUUCCGACACCCGAUUGGCACGUCGUGUUGCUCGAGACAUUAAGGAAAGAGGCCGAGAUUUGAAUUCCGUGUUGAACCAGUACAUGAACAAUGUGAAACCAGCGUUCGAGGAAUUUGGUUUGCCAACCAAGAAGUUUGCAGAUAUUAUAAUUCCCCGUGGUGCUGAUAACUCAGUCGCGAUAGACCUUAUCGUCCACCACAUCUGGGAUAUUUUGCAUUUGAAGAAAAUGAAUGGAGCUGAAAUGACGCCGGCGUCUAUACAGCAUCCGUAUCUUCACCGUAGGCGGAUUUCUCAAUCACCUGACACUAUUAGCAGAUGA